UCUCCUAAGUCGCCCCUUGUGGGCUCGCCGAGGUACGUUCGGUCGUACGAUUGGGCCGGUCCGGUCAGAAAGUGCAGGGCGCACAUUAUUGCAUUUCGGCUCACGGGCCCUCGCUUCGGCUGGGUGGCGUGUACGUCUAGCACGCCCGCUCUCAGGUCCUACGUCUAGCAUGGGAUUCCUUUUCGGAUUUGGGGGAGGACUGCGGCGAGCCGGAGGCAGUGGCGCGCGCCCGUGGUCGGUCAGGCUCUGCUCAUGGCGAUUCCAGCUGCGGAGGCGCCGGCGCUCGACUUUGGAUCGACGUCGACUGCCAACGAUUCAGCAGCGCGCUUGGGGGCUUCCGUUACGACCGGUGGCGGCGCCACGGCGGCCGCGUCAGGAGUAGGCCCGCCGGAAUCAGUCGUCCGCCCGUUCUCUCCUGAUACGCGCCGGUCGGAUGAGGGUGGGGCACAGCCGGCGGCGGAGAAGGCUUUGUCUGAUGUUGAGUUCUCCGGGGGGAUCCUGCACCACGUUCAGCUCGGGCGGUGGCGAUGUGGCUGUCGGGCGCGCCCAUGGCGCGGCGCUGCCCGUCGUCUCGCGCGGCUCGAUUCAGUCCUUACCCCACAGUGCGCAAGCAUCCGCAAACACCACCAUCCGAGUUGCUGGAAGCGCAGGACAAGAGGGCCGCAAGCACCAGAUGAGCGGGCGGCGGUGGUUGAUCGUAUGCCGGCACUUGAAGCUGCCAUACGAAGGUUCGCUGACAGGGGGACUGAGGUAGUUGUCAACCCGGCGCUUGGCACAAUUUUCGAUUCUCUGCUGGAGGCGUAUGAAUUCUACAAUCUUAUUCUCGUCGCUGGUUAAUUUUCCUGGUUAAUUUUCAUUGACAAAAGAGCUUGAAUUGCUAGUAAAAAUAACCACCGGAGUUGCAUGAUUAGGUCCUUUCUGUCCAAUAUUAUUCUCGUCGCUGUUUCUCUGUUGGGAUGGUGACAUUUUUGAGUGUUCAAACAUUGCAAAGGGAAAGCUAUACUUCAGUAUAAUCCAGCUGUAGAAGUUUGGUGAA